AUGAGCACGGCGCCGGCGAAUGCGGCAACCAAGGUCGAAUACUUGAAAGAGCCUACUCCUGAAUUCGAGGAAAUGCAAAAACGCGCGAUGGCAUUCGAGAGAGCGGCGCUUGAAAAGAAGAAGGUAUGGAAAGACAAAUAUGCGGUGUUGCCGCAGGCCAAGACAGAGCAAGAGCUUGUCGCAGCUUUGGAUGGGCUCACAAAGUUUGUUCUUGAAGAACGCGGUCUUCCUGUUGGUAUCAAAAUGCAGACACUAGUGAGCGAUAUUCGCAAAGUGAAGAGGGCAGGGAAAGAUGCGAAAAUCUGGAAUAAAGAAGCUGAGAUUUCCUACGAGAAAUUGAUUUACGCAAUCAAUUACCAGCAAAGCCCCAACACAAGUCGAGACUUGACCAACCCUCUUUGAAGCGGUUAUGACGAGUCAAUUAGAAAAUGGAUUACCAUUACUAUAGAUUUACGGAAGUGAAUGCAAGAACGUGAUAUCUGCAUUCAGGCCUGUUUGGGUGGGAUAGGAUGCUGAACUGCUAUAAGGCAAAAGAAGAAAGCGAGUCACAGUGAUA